AUGAAUGACACAUGGACUCGGCCUCCAUCCUUCCCCUCGUCCAUCUCUUCUUCUUUCCGUUCUCGCCUCUCCGUUUCCACGGAUCUCUGUGUGGCAGUCUUCCUCAUCCUCACAGGCACUGUAUCCAUUGCUGGCAAUGGCCUGGUUCUGCUUGUUAUGGCUCGCAAACGCAAGGAGCUGAAGCCGCACGAGCUCAUGACCAUCAAUUUGGCCAUUUGUGAUUUCGGCUACAGCCUCCUGGGGGCGCCAUGCCUCAUCAUUUCCAGUUUCUCCCAUGCUUGGAUGUUUGGCGAGACUGGCUGCAUGUUGUAUGGGAUCCAAGGCUUUGUGUUUGGCAUCGGAUCCAUGCUCACGACCUGCCUCAUCUCACUGGACCGCUGUUUAAAAAUCUGCAGCCUCCGAUACGGCCAGUGGAUUGAGCGGAGGCAUGCGUCUGUGGCGGUGCUGAUGGUGUGGGUCUACACACUGUUCUGGGCGUCUCUCCCUGCUGUCGGAUUCGGCAGCUACGGCCCCGAACCUUUCGGCACCAGCUGCACCAUUAACUGGUGGAAGAUGAAGCUGUCCCUCAAUGACAGAGCCUACAUCUUCCUCAUCCUCACCCUCUGUUUCUGUGUGCCCACAUUAAUCAUUGUCACUUCCUACUCGGCCAUCUUUUAUACGGUUUACCGUUCAAGACAUACUCUGGCAUCCAUUUCAUCAACAAACAAGAUCCACAGUAGUAAAGACCUGAAACUUACAAAAAUCGCUGCUGUAGUCUGCUCCAGCUUCCUGAUAGCCUGGACUCCCUAUGCCGUGGUGUCCCUCUAUUCCGCCCUGACUGGCAGGGAAGAGCAGGAGAUGUGGGGCGUGCCCAUGGCCAUGGCAGUGCCCGGGAUGGGUGGCGGGAGCAAUGAGACCAGACUCUCCACCAGCCUUGCCACCCUUCCCUCCCUCCUCAACUGGACCACUACAGAAGGUCCAGUCUCUGGUACCGACACCUCAGGUCUGCAUGGCACCACUGUGGGGGACCCCAGCUCCCGUUCGGGCCUCAGCACUGCAUUUGGACCCAGUUCUGCCGCUGGUUUCACCCAGGGGAGGCAGGGGAUCCGGGUGGUGUCCAGCCUGCCGCCUGUGCUUACGCUCAUCCCCACCAUGUUUGCCAAAGCUCACUGCAUGAUGAACCCUUUCAUCUACCAGAUCAUGAACCGCGAGUUCCGCGCAGAUGUCUACCACAUGCUGGGACUGAGGAGUGGGGAGAGGAGGCCAGUGAGAAUCACCAGCAUCUCUGAGGGAAGACACAACUCCGUCAGCUGCUCAUAUCAGCACAGCUGGAGAGUCAGAAGCACAUUCAGAAUGGCUUCGGAGAAGGGACAAGUUAAGAAAGAAAGGGAUGACAUUAAAGAGAAGAAAGAAGGGAAAGGACACAGGGUCUCGUGGCCUGAAAGUGACAUUGGAAAGAGGGACAUAAAGAAGUCCUCACCAGACCUCUCUCCCUCAGACACUCGGAUGAACCUGGAGGAAGAGAGAAUCAUGGAGAGAAGGAGAAAGCUGGGCAAAGAACAGGAAGGCUCAACCUCCAGCAGCUUGCUAACAGGCGAGGACUGA